CUGAUGGAACUCAUGGAGACCCAGGCUUUGGUAGGAAUGCCCACCAGAGGCAGAUCUGGGGUGUGUUUGGAAGUACAGAAGUCGAAAGCAUCAGCAAAUCCUGCAGCUCGUGAUGCUGUCCCUUAUUGCUGCACAAUUGGCUGAGCUGUUUAUUAUUGUCAUUUCUGUGAAGAACAGCACUAACAGGACCAUUUACAGAAACUCCACCACCGAGCCCCUGAAGUUGGCUCAGCCUUGCUUUUUUUUUCCCCAAGGUUUGCGAUGAGUGCUGACUUUCAGAACCAUGAAAUGACUGUCUUCUGCUUUCCUUUGCGACUCUUUGGUACUAUUUUUUUUUUUUCCAGAGAUGAAUCUUAAUGCCCCGUUUUGUCUAAUAAAGACCCUGCCUGAAGCCUUUGGUCUCCUUUGCAGUGAAGUUGUAAGUUAUCUGUGCCAAAAUGAGUCUGCAGGAGUGAGUCAGCAUCUUCCCUCAGCCCUUCAGUGUCUGCUGGUGGGGAAGGUCAGCCAAAAAUUCUGCUACUUGUUACACCACGUGGAAUUAGCCAGAACUGUGCCUUUCCCUUAAUUCAAUCACUGGUUAAUUUAAUUAUAUUCUUCUUAACAGGUUAAUUAUUUUUUUUUUUUAAAUCAAGCCACCCAAAAUUGAAACUUACAGUGUUUAUUUUUAUUUUUCUAAGCAAUUAGGUAAUUGAUCAAACCACUGGCUAUUGUUAGUGCAAUUAUCUGGAUUGGCUCUUGAUUAAUACUGACAAUUAAGGAAAAGAGCUGUUUGGGAUCAACCAACCAAAGAAUAUCAAGAGGAUGGGUGUUAAAUUUUCCAUAAAAGUUGCUCAGAGUGUGUUAGUGACAUAAAUGCCUUCAUGUGUCACACAGUGGUGAUCAAAUGAGUGCUGGAGGUCAGUGAAUGAGGUAGGAUUAGGUAUGAGAAAAUCCCUGAUUUAAUCCUCAAUAACGUGACAAGGAGCUGGAUAAAAGGUGCUGUGUAGGGAUGGACGAUAUUUAUUUAUAGAUCAGAGCUUGUGUGUUCUGGGACAUGAUAUUUAUCUAAUAAUACUUAUCUGUGAAUGACCCUGGCUUUCACACUUGCAGAGCAAGGCUGAUGUUUAUCCCCCCUAAUUGUUUGCUGUGGUUAAUUUGCUGGUACUAAUGAGAUCCUGAGCUCAAGCGUUGCUCUCAGCCAUGUUGCUGAAGAUCACCUUGUCUUCUGGAAGCAGAAACACAGUGAACAGAUGAAUCCCUGCAGCCAGGCAUUCCUCCAGUAGAUCUCUCUCCUCAUGGAACACCCCAGCAGGGAGGAGAUGGACUUGAAAGAGGAAGGUUCCCAGGUGUGGGCUGAGUCUGCAGCACAGGAACAGAACACUGCUCAGGUGCACUUCGUCCCCGAGGGGGGGGCGGUGGCGCAGAUCGUGUACAGCGAUGAGCAGGAGCGGGGCGCGGCCCAGCAGGUGGUUUACACGGCCGAUGGCACCUCCUACACCUCGGUGGACACCUCGGAGCACACCCUCGUUUACAUCCACCCCGUGGAGGCUACGCAGACUCUGUUUACAGAUCCGUCCCAAGUGGCUUAUGUCCAACAGGAUGCCACCACCCAGCAGGUAACGGUGCUCUUGCCUGCUGCUGCCCAGAGCAUCAACCCCACCAACCUGUCCGUGCUCGGCAGCGCUGCCGACCCCCCCCAGCCCGUGGCUCUGGAGCAGGGGCCACAAGCAGAUAGAGCAUCAUUACCGGUGCAUAACCAGGUGUUACCUCCCAUGGAGGCAGUGGAUGGUUCUGACCCUUUAGCACCUCUGCAGAAUCAGAUGGAAAGGAUAGAAACGAAAGAGGAAGAUGAUGAGGAUGAAGAUGAGGAUGAAGAUGGGGAAGACUCUGACAUGGAUGAGUGGGAUCCAGAUCCACCUCGACCCUUUGAUCCCAAUGAUUUGUGGUGUGAGGAGUGCAAUAACGCGCACCCCUCGGUGUGCCCCAAGCACGGCCCUCUGCACCCCAUCCCCAACCGGCCCGUGCUGACCCGGGCCAGGGCCAGCCUGCCCCUGGUGCUCUACAUUGACAGGUUUUUGGGAGGAGUCUUCUCCAAACGGCGCAUCCCCAAGCGAACGCAGUUUGGGCCCGUGGAGGGGCCCCUGGUCAGACAAACCGAGCUCAAAGACUGCUACAUCCAUCUGAAGGUUUCACUUGAUAAGGGUGACAGAAAAGACAGGGACUUGCAAGAGGACCUGUGGUUUGAACUUUCCAGCGAGGCUCUGUGUAACUGGAUGAUGUUUGUGCGGCCGGCCCAGAACCACCUGGAGCAGAACCUCGUGGCUUAUCAGUACGGCCACCACAUCUACUACACCACCAUCAAAAACGUGGAGCCCAAGCAGGAGCUCAAGGUGUGGUAUGCUGCCUCUUAUGCUGAGUUUGUGAACCAGAAGAUCCAUGACAUAACCGAGGAGGAAAGGAAGGUUCUCAGGGAGCAGGAGAAGAACUGGCCCUGUUACGAGUGCAAUCGGCGUUUCAUGAGCUCGGAGCAGCUCCAGCAGCACCUCAACUCCCACGACGAGAAGCUGGACUUCUUCAGCAGAGCCAGAGGCCGAGGUCGUGGGCGAGGGAAGAGGAGGUUUGGACCAGGCAGACGCCCCGGGCGCCCUCCCAAAUUCAUGCGCAUGGAAGUGACCAGUGAAAAUGGGGAAAAGUGUGAAGAAGGGACACAGGACUUGCUGCAUUUUUCCAGCAAGGGGCAGUUUGAUGAGGCCGGAGCGGCCGCCCUGAACGGGCUGGAGCAGCAGGAACAGACUCCGGUGGCGCCGGAGCCGCCGCCGGCCCUGGAGCAGCCGGAGCCCCCCACGCUCCCGGAGCAGCCGCAGCACGAGGGCAGCGCGGGGCCCACGCAGAGCACCAUGACAGCAGAUGACAUGAGGAGAGCCAAGCGCAUCAGGCUGGAGCUGCAGAAUGCAGCUUUGCAGCACCUGUUCAUCCGCAAAUCCUUCCGGCCCUUCAAAUGCCUGCAGUGUGGGAAGGCCUUCCGGGAGAAGGACAAGCUGGACCAGCACCUGCGCUUCCACGGCCGGGAGGGGAACUGCCCCCUCACCUGCGACAUCUGCAACAAGGGCUUCAUCAACAGUGGGGCCCUCGAGAGCCACAUGAAGUUCCACAUGGACCAGAAAACCUACUCGUGCAUCUUCUGCCCCGAGUCCUUCGACCGCCUGGACCUGCUCAAAGACCACGUGGCCAUCCACGUCAACGACGGCUACUUCACCUGCCCCACCUGCAAGAAACGCUUCCCAGACUUCAUCCAGGUCAAGAAGCACGUGCGCAGUUUCCACUCGGAGAAGAUUUACCAGUGCACGGAGUGUGACAAGGCCUUCUGCCGGCCCGACAAGCUGCGGCUCCACAUGCUGCGCCACUCGGACCGCAAGGACUUCCUGUGCUCCACCUGUGGCAAGCAGUUCAAGAGGAAGGACAAGCUGCGGGAGCACAUGCAGAGGAUGCACAACCCGGAGAGGGAGGCCAAGAAGGCCGAUCGGAUCAGCCGCUCGAAAACCUUCAAGCCCCGCAUCGCGUCCACCGACUACGAGAGCUUCAUGUUCAAGUGCCGCCUGUGCAUGAUGGGCUUCCGCCGCAGGGGCAUGCUGGUGAAUCAUUUAUCAAAGAGACAUCCAGACAUGAAAAUAGAAGAGGUGCCAGAGCUCACGUUGCCCAUCAUCAAACCCAACAGAGAUUACUUCUGUCAGUACUGUGAUAAGGUGUACAAGAGUGCCAGCAAACGCAAAGCACACAUCCUGAAGAACCACCCCGGUGCUGAGCUGCCCCCCAGCAUCCGCAAGCUGCGUCCUGCGGGCCCGGGAGAGCCGGAUCCCAUGCUGAGCACCCACACCCAGCUCACAGGCACCAUUGCCACCCCCCCUGUGUGCUGCCCUCACUGCUCCAAGCAGUACAGCAGCAAGACAAAGAUGGUACAACACAUCCGUAAGAAGCACCCCGAGUUCGCUCAGCUCCCGAACGCCAUCCACGCCCCGCUGGCCACGGCCGUCAUCAGCUCCACCCCCGCUGUGCUGGCCACUGACAGCAGCACUGGAGAGACUGUGGUGACAACAGAUUUGCUGACCCAGGCCAUGACAGAGAUAUCCCAGACCCUCACCACGGACUACCGGACUCCCCAGGGGGAUUUCCAGCGCAUCCAGUACAUCCCUGUGUCCCAGUCCACAACUGGCCUGCAGCAGCCUCAGCACAUACAGCUGCAGGUUGUCCAAGUGGCCCAGGCUACCUCACCUCACCAGUCCCAGCACUCCACGGUGGACGUUGGGCAGCUCCACGACCCCCAGACGUACACCCAACAUGCCAUCCAGGUGCAGCACAUCCAGGUCACAGAGCCAUCCCCAGCAGCUCAGACAUCACCACAGGUUGGAGGUCAGCCUUUGAGCCCCUCCUCGCAACAACCCCAGCAGGAACUCAGCCCCUCACAGAUGCAGACUGCGACGUCGACACCAAACCAGGGCCUGCAGCAGCAGCAGGGCUCCUCAGUCCAGCACACCUAUCUCCCCAGCAAUUGGAACUCCUUCAGGAGCUACUCAUCAGAGAUUCAGAUGAUGACCAUCCCUCAAGGGCAGUAUGUGAUCACAGAGACUGCUGUGGGUACCCCGGUCACCACUGUCAACACAGGGCAAGUGAAAGCAGUUACUCAGACUCACUACGUGAUCUCGGAGGGUCAGCCCGACCUGGACAAGCAAACAUCCUCUCUGCCCAGCGAGGUGCAGGUGGGUGUUUCCCAGCCCCCGGCGCCCCCAGAGCCCCUGGAGUCCCAGCCCAGCAGCCAACAGCAAACCACCCAGUACAUCAUCACCACCACCACCAACGGCAGCGGGGGCAGCGAGGUACACAUCACCAAACCCAGGACCUUCUCAGCAGAGCACGAGUGAAGCCCCACGGGGUCAUCUGCUUGUCUUGUCACCUCCCCGACAGCCCAGAUGUGGGGGUGCCCUGGGGGCUCCGUGUGUUUUGAUCUCUGUUCACUUACCUUCAGCUAAAAUCUUGGAGCUCUU